GUGCAGAAAUAAUUCCUGAUUUUCUUCGCGCAUGACCUGCAGAAGCUGGAGUUAAUCGAUCUUGAAUGUUCAUCGUUGCUAUGUAAGCCGAAAUAAAAAUUUCUAGUUGCUGAGAUGAGACUGAAAAGAUGAUUCCUGGGUUUUUUCUAUUAAUGAUUUGGCUGAAUGCGACUGAAGGUAGAGGCCCCCAUCAUCCCAGAGGCGAACCUGUGGUCAAACAUGUGCAUUAUAGGCCCACCAAAACACAACCUGAAAAAAUUACCCAAGAUAAGGAGCUUCUACACGACAAGGAGCACUUACAAGAACAUCUCGAAGAAAUCAUUAACGAACCUGAUUUAUCGAAAAUGACAGAUGAGGAGCUGGAAUUCUAUUAUUUCCAAGUUCAUGACACGGACAAGAAUUCGAAACUCGAUGGGUUAGAAAUUCUGAAUGCGAUUUUGCAUACGACUCAUGAAGAAGAGAAAAAAGAUGACAUACAAGCCGAGGAAGACGAUUUUGAAUAUUACGUAGAACUGAUUGAUCGUGUUUUGAAGGAAGAUGACCUAGAUAAGGACGGUUAUCUGAGUUAUCCUGAAUUUACUUCUGGGCGACGAAAUGCUAUAUUAGCUGAUAAUAAAAACCAAGUUUCCGUUAAAAUGGUUUAAAUUUUAUCAUUAUAUGUAUUGUGAAGCGGUAAACAAAAACCUCCUCAAGUAGCUGCCCUGCCUGGCUCAUCCUCUGCUACUUAACAUUGGGGAAUGAGAAAAACAACUAAAAAGUUGGAGCCAAUUUGAGGAUGAUUUUUCUUGAUCGUACAUUGGAUUUAUGAAAUUAUAAUGAUUAUAAACUACGUAAUAAAUUAUAAGAUUUUAAUAUUUGGUA